UGUUGUGGUGGGUAGUGAGUGGUAGUGGGAAGGGGGUGCAAAACCUGAUGGGCUUGUAAUAUUAAGAAAACAAUAUCAAACACUUUUAUCAAUACGAAUAUCAGCAGCUGUCUUUGUCAGUGUUGUUGUUUAAUUGUCCUCCCACUUUACAAUUCGUUACUAUUUCAUUUUUCCUCAAAAAUGCAAGAGCGUACUGUACUUUUUGCAUUUACUUGCAAUGGCUAAACCUCUAAGUAAAGUACAUGUAAGUAACAACAGGUCAAACACUGACUAUGAUCCUCAGGAUAUUCCUUUGCACUCUAGGAUGGUCAAUAAAAUUGGCUAAAAAUUGGGAUACAGAAAAAUUAUCUGAAAAGCUUAAGCGUCGAGUAUUACUUUAAACCCUUGUUGCGUGACACUAGGCUAACACGACUCACGUCAUUCAAAGCACCCGGAAUUAGUGAGAUGAAAAGGUCAACGUUUCACUGUUCAACUUGUAUAUUUUUCAAAAAUGGUGACAAACAAAAGCAAAUACAACGCUGUAAAUAGCUUUUAAAAGCGAAAAGAUGUAAUUUGUAAUAGAAUUAAAUAUGGUCGAUCUAAGCUGAUGUUGCUUGAAUCCCAUUCUCGUCACCAGAGCCUGUCGUUUCUUGGUCACGUGGUCUUGAAACGAUGGGCUCUGGAAGCGGCAAGCACUAGAUAUUAAACAUCGACCUAAACGUGGAUCGUAUGCGACUUAAAAUAGAGAUAACCACGGUGUAUGGCUUGAUUCUACUCCUGCCAUUGUCCUUCACUAAGUAUUCUCAGUUGCAAAAUUUUAGAUUUGGCGCCAAUGUGGAAGUAGAACUUUUUUUAUUAUGAACUUCUUAAACUUUCUUACGUGAAGGUCGAAAAGCUGAAAAACUGCUGUUUGAGACUCAAAGAACAGCAAUAAAACUGGGAUGGGAUUCGCACUCUCGCGGGAUUUAUUUUAUUUCGGUUUUUUCGUAGCCGCAGCCGAGUUCUGGUUAGGUUUCGGUCGGUGUUAGAUAGGAUUUCGUGACGUGUUGACACUAAAUAACAGCGACCGAAACCGGCGUUCCUUGGAAAGACCAUAAGCCACGUCGUUCAAUGCAGUACAGCUGAGUCUAUUACAGAUUUAACCCUGUUUUAGUGAUAUGAACUGGAAACGACAAUAUUGACCGUUUUAUAACUCAAACUAACUCAAACAUAGCAUCCUCGCUGCGAUCGACCAAGUGAGCGGAAGUCGACGGGAUCAUUUCAAUCAUUUUGUAAAACGCCGCUGACAUAUCGAUGACUCAUCUGGUUUAGGUCGAUGUUAUCCGUGGUGCUUUCCUCUGGAAGCAGCCGUUACCGGAUGUCAGAACAAUCUCGUUCCCAGGUAUCCGUUCGGAGACUGGAACUGAAUAAAGUCAUUUUUCGGCAAAUCGCUCCGACUCUUUACGAUUCAAAUUGGGUUUUUCUACCCAUCAGACUCCCAGCAGUCCUCAGGAUUCUCCCUCAUGCGCUUGCCUCGCUCUGUACGAGCAGAGAGGACAACCACAAAAGCCAUGAUUGUUAAAGAGGUCUCUUUCAGCUACAUUUGCGACACUGCUAGUAAGCGUUAUUGACCUUUUUUGGCAGUGUUUUAAGCUGAAAGCACAUCCCUGACACACUGACAAAUGAAUAAGAAAUUCCUCACCCUACAUUGAUUUAUUACGUUUAUUUCAAUUUUAAUUAAGCAAAUUAGACCACGCUUUCCAUGGGUUUACCGGCGUGAUAACCCACUUGGGAUGUUGGAAAAACCCGAGAAAAGCUUGUAAAUUUAAUCUAACUGUCUAUCUAUCUAUCUAUCUACCUAACUAUCUACCCAAGAGCCAUAAUAUCCUAUUAUGGCUCUUGACCUAUGGUAUCUAUCAGUUAACGAACAUGUUCUAAACAAUUAUUGGAUGAGGUUUUUGUAAUAUCCAGAAUAAUCAAGGUCGAGGUAGGGGUUAUCGGCUGAGGCUGAUAACCCUUACUGAGACCUUGGUUAUUCUGGAUAUCACAAAAACCGAAUCUAAUGAUUGUUUUAUUAUACAUUGAACGAAUUCUUUCUUUCUCGCUUCGACAGAAAAUGUAUGUUCUCAAAGUUUGUGUCAACUCUUUCUUUUCCUCAGGUUCGCUGAGUCCUCUCUCUCUCAGGUAAUCAGCAACAGCUCCUUAGCCACCUUCGUCGACCUUUUUGUGUUUUAUAUCAUUGUCUUCAACUAUUUUUUCGAUGACCUGCUUGGUCAACAAAGCAAACCUGGAAGUCAUGUUUUUGCUUCUUCACUGACCGCAAGCAAAACAAAGCGCGCGAACUUGACAUGAUUACCCUUAGAAAUCAUGCACCGCGGUCAUACGUGACAUGAUUACUCGUGACCUAGAUGACGUCCCAGGCGCUGAUUUCGAAAAUUCACUGUACGCUUUCGGCCAAUCAGAAAAGAGAUAGUGAGUUCAAUGUAUAAUAAUAUAAGGUAUCGAACACGUACUAUAAGUUUGAAACGAGUUUCGCUGUACAAACCACUGACUAUUGGGCAGGAGUAAUGACCCAUGUGCUAACUUAGUUUACUGAUCAGUCAAUUAAAUAUUUUUUUUCCAAUACCUCUCAAAAAAGUGUCAGCUUGAUUUUCAUGAUUAUAAUACACGAUCUACAGAAAAUCUCAGAUGAAAAGCGCAACCACAAGAAACAUUAGGGCCAUUGGAGCGGUAUUGCCACUUAAUUCAGUUCUUAAAGUGAUUUGUGAAUGACCUUUUAAUUAGUGAAUUCCUUGUAUUUCCUUUUAAAAUUGCAUAUGCUUGUUUUAAUAAAUUUACCUAACGUCUUAAAACUUUAUCAGGUAAAUUGUUACUUUCGUUAAUGCUUUUCAUCACAGAGGGUUUUUUAGGACCCCUCUGCAAUCAAUACUUUCACUUAACAUGCUAAAUUAUCAUGCGUAUUUAAUCAUAGGAUGACCGGGUCACUUGACAGUUAUUUCCGGAAUCUUUCUAAUAUAGCUGGAACAUGACACUCGAUUGAUGUAUUUAUACAGUUCAUUCUUGUUUUCCUAGAAAAACCGUUGAAUCAUAUCGAAUUCUCAGAACUGAGACGACUAUCCAUACAGAAACCCGGGGGGGGUACACCCUAUAGUGACUGAUAGGGAGUCGGGCUCCCCCCGAAAGGGCUAGCUCUUACAGGCGUCAGGUAUGAAAUUAAAAAGGGUAGGGAUCUCUAUAGUUAAAGUAUAUAAAAGGGUUUGAAAAUCUGUCGUUGUGGUCUUUGAAUUACGGACCUCAAAGGGCUAACAGGCGCAUUUUAUGGCUGGAAAAAAAGAAUAAAAUACUUCCUGGAUUAGUGAUUUAUUCAUAGUCAAGGGAUGGUGCUUUCACAACAGUUAAAGGGGACGCAGCGCUCUAAAGUAGUGAGUGAAAGUGGUACCAUUUUGUCAAUUGGAGACAUAGGAAAGGGGUACCUUUUCGGCCAAAAAUGGUAUACAGAAGAGUAACCGGUUAGACCUCUGAGCGGAGCCCCACCGUAUAAAAUUUUGUUGACUACCCCCCGGGGCAAGGAAUUCAAACGGGCAAUCUUUCAAACUGGCUGACGUCAACUGCAGGUACAGUAAAACAACUUUUGCAGCGCUUUUUGCGCGGUUAUCUAGUUUUUUCUAUCGAAUCCUUUUACAAGAAUACAUAAUCGCUGCAUUGUCUGCAAACUGAGCGAGUUGUUCGUGUUUUAUAUCGAAUCCUUUAGUGUAUGAUCGGCCAUCAAGCAAACCUUGAAACCUGCUACAGUGCAGUUUGGAGAAGAGAGCUGAGAAGCUCUAUUAGAGUACAUAUGUAAGUAUACAUUUGCUUUCCAACCGAAGUUAACGUUAAAACUACGAUAAGUAUACUUCCUAUCUGGAUACAUUUUGAAAUGAGAAUUGGAGUUGCUUCUCACAUGGGCAUAUUGUGUUUUGCAUUUUGAUCUGCAUAUGAUGAGCGCGAGUGCGACGGUCUUUGCAACAAUAAAACGGUUUAUCACAUUUAGACUGCUGGAAAACCAAAUUUAUGAAAACAGGCUAGAAUACGCUUACAGUGCACGCCGUUUUCUGCCACUGACAUGCACUGAUUUCACUUAACGUUUUUGGCGGGCGAAUUAACCAACCACUGAAACAAACGAUCACUCACAUUGCAGAAUGGAGGCCGUUGGGGGUCAACUUAGUUCCUUGAACCAAUUGAAAUGUAAAAUGCACGAGGGGAGCGAGGGGAGGAGACAGCAACUUAAGUGUGUUUUCGUGUGUUAUGUUGUCCAAAAUUUUUGUCUGUACUUUAAGGAAAGCAAAUUUUUGUGAACACUGCAACUGUUGACUGAGUUCCUUACAUUACUUAUGUUGAUAUUUUCCUCUGGAAUUUCAAGCAUUAAAGCAAGCUCAAGAACAGUAGAGAAAAUGCAAAUAUCAACUGUCAAUCAUGGAAAUUUUCGAGCAGAAUGAAGAUGUCUGACCAAGGUAAGACUGAUUUCAAAAUAAGUGGCCAAAAACUGCUUCUCCAGUUUAAACGAAUUACGGGAUCGUUACUUGUACUCACCCAACCAUCACGGGAUUGCGGGACUACAGCUUUAACCCGGAUAAACCACGCUCCAUUCACGUGCCGACCUUUAUUUAAAAUUAAACUUACAACAUCAGGACGCCGAAAUAUGGAGCACUUAGAUCGAAUCAAAUUAUCAAUAUUAAUGAAAGGAAGAGGUAAAAUUGAAAAUUAUGGAUUCAGGGCAUAGGGUUGUAGGCUACGGACUUGUCACUCGGGAUUAGACUGUCUGCGACUCUUGAAUCAAUUGCAUUGUGCGAUAAUGCGAUAGCUUUUGCUGUCCAACAUAACGUUGCGUGCUGUGACCGGAAGUACCGAGUGAGGAAACCUGAUUCGAAAGUGCUAUUCUACCGUACCUAAUUCAUCAGUGGAGCGGCGUUUACACCCUUGGCCACUGUCCGAAAUGAUGAUCCACACUCUUUUUUUUUUUUUUAACUAAACUAAAAACUUUCUACGGGCAGAACCGAAAACUACUCAAGUUUGCGUAAAAAGAACACAGAGGGUGUCUGGAGAGUUCGUUCAGCCAAGUUGAUAUCAUUGUAUCUUGCUAAUCAGUGAGUCUAAAAGACCAUUUUUGAUUUAUUAAAGUGCAUACUUGGCUCUAGCCUGAAUUUCAUCCGAUUGCUUCGAGUCGUUUUUACCUCUCAGCAACGUCUGAAUCGACCAGCCGUUAAUAUCGUCCAGUGACGUCACUACUACCUGAAAACCGGGUAGUGAUUUUGACUGGUUGAUUGCCUAAAUAUUCGCAUAAUUAUGUAUAAUUAUGAGAAAUUUUAGCGGAAUGUCGCUUGAUAUUCAGCGGAUCGCAUCAGUGGCACGGUUUUUCAUUUAGAGCCGCUUUGUGUUUUCCGCCGUGAUUUUGUUUAUGCGAAGUUUCUGAGACCAGUGUCAUGUUGUCAUUCGACCUUCUUGCUAUUUUCACCGUCAAGUGUAAUGAUUAUAUACUGUUAGCUUUUCUGCCUUGUUUUCUUUUUUAUUUGUUAAGGACCAAAUAGCUUCUUUUCAAUUAAAGGAAAUUGUUGUGUUUUUGAACUAAGUGUUCCGUGUGUGUAAUUAUUUCAUUGCGUGUUUGCGACCGACUUUGAAUUACAACCGGUUCAGAGAAACUGCAUGCUUGAUGGUUUGAACGUUAAACAUGAAUUACGAUCGAAAAGAGUAAAGCAAUUUUGUGAGCUGUUCAGUAUCAUGUAGACAUUUCCAAACGAUAUUUCUUGGUUCGCCACUUGAAAAUCGUGUUUUACUUUUUGCAUGAAUUAAAGCAAAGAAGUAAUGACGUCACUGGACGGCAUUAACGGCCGGUCGAUUCAGACGUUUCUGAGGGAGUAAUAACGACUCGAAGUAACCGGAUGAAAUUCGGGCCAACUUGGCUGGGAGGCUUGGGGGAAUAAAACAGAAGAAAUGUAUUAUUCAUUGCUGAGCCUCAAGAUGAUUUCUUUUGUUUUAUUCCCCAAGCCCUCGCAGCCAAGUGUGAAUUUCACUGUCUGUUGAUCACUAAAAGUAUUUGAAGUAGAGUCAUUACACAAAUAGGUUUCCAGGCUACUGAAUUGUACCAUCCAUAGUCAAAUACAGAUCUUAAUAAUUGCAUUGAUUAAUGUUUAAAGAAGAUAGAAAAAUGUAAUCUGUUUAAUAAGAUACGAGAAGCAAUAAAGCGGGGGGUGUUCAUGUUCGAGGCAACCAGCUGUUUGCUACAGUUAUUAAUAACUGCUACCACGAUCGUAAUCGUUUGCAGGUGAUCCCAUUCAAGAUGAGACAAGCCCAGUUGUGGUCCAUUUUUCCAUUUCCGAAGAUAAAGUCUGCAACACUCCACCGGGAGGAGACUGUAACGGAGUAUAUUAUUGGAGAGCUCCAGAUUUCAUGGAUGGCUCCCUUUUCGUCGACCUUUUGACGGAAAUUGUCGAUGCAAUCUCAGAUAGGGAUUCACAAAGGUUUCUUGAACUCAUUGAGCCUUCGCAAACGUCGUGGACCGAGUUGCGACGGUGGAACCGGAGGCGUAAACAGUGGUUUAGCGUCAGUGACGACGACGUGUCAUUGAGAGUGCGGGAAGCGUGCUCAACCUUCAGUACCCCUGGAGACUUCAUUUCUCUUUUCCCACGUGAAGGGGAUUUUGGUAUCUUAAGUGCUGACGUCCUUAUUAACAACGACUCGGACCCCUCUGGAGAGAUUCGGAAGUGCAUUAAUCAGAAUAUUGCUUCCGACAUUGCUGCCGAUAUUGCGUUGUGUGGUGAGGAGUUUGAGAGCGCCGAGGAAACCGAGGAGAGCCAAGAUGUCUGUGUGGACGAUACAUAUCCGUCAGAUGAAGAAGAAGAAGAGAUUGACGAAGUGCAAGAAGCAAAUCCUGAGAAGCCAUGCUAUUAUCCAUCACAGAUAGAAAUGGCAACUAUUCUGAAGAAACGAAUUGACACAAUUAUGUGGCAUUACCACAACAUCGCUAAGCUGAGCGACGCUUUCGACGACGUAGAGUUUGCAGUCUACACAGCAAGGUACCGGAUGCUUAGCGAUCAGACCGAGAAAAGGAUCUGUCACCCUGACGCUGGUGUCCUAUCGAAACAAGAACUCAAGUCACGUAAAGAGUGGAAUGGAAAGAAGAGAAUGUUCAUGUAUGUUCGAAGCGCGGAAACUGACAUGCAUUUUGACCAGCUAAGAAAAGACGUCCAAGAAAAGCCAAGAACUCUUUUUAUCAUUAUUGCUGAUGAGUGCCAUUGGGGAAUAACAAAAGACAAAGACCAGAAACCAUCGGCACAUAAUCUGUUCAUCAAUGAAUGGUGUAAGGAAAACUCUCCCAGAAAUGUGGUCGUAGUUCAAAUCUCAGCGACACCUUUUAACCUUUUAACGCAGAACUCCCGCCUUCCUGAAGUACGUUGCUUAAUUCUCUACGAGAGUAUUUCUACCGUGCGAGACAAUCAUUACGAAGCUGGCGAUCUCUUGGUUUUAGAAAGUGAACCUGAAAUUGAAAAACAUGACUUUGCAAAACCGACUUCCAAGGAAGUAGAACUUCAUGUUGUCCACUGGUCGGAGGUAGAGUUGAAGAACUUUGAAAGGGGAAUGCGAAUGAAACUCAAGUCAACAUUAACUGUUGAACGUUCUCCACACCCACGAUACCUUCAUGUUUCCACGGAGGGGAAACUGGGCGUCGUAUACAAUGAAAGUGAUGCCACUGACUUUCUUGUACAGGGGAGUCAAGGUAUCGUGACAAUCAAGGCCAUUUUAAACGAAGGGAAGGUCCGUACACUGACUGGAGACUCGCACGGAAUGCUGGAAACCAUUGUUAACCCUCAGGAGUCAGCUAUGUUUGAGGUAAAGUUGGACUUUGGCGUUGGAGUUGCGGCGUUUUCUUGCAGUGACAGGAGAGAUCUCUAUUUAGCAGUCGACGACAAAGAUAACGUUUUGCUGCAAUCAGCCAGAAUUGAAAGAAAAUGUGGUGUGUCUAUUAUGAAAGCCAAACACGACUUGGGUCGCGUUUCAUUCGAAUUUUACAUUGAUCAAUGUGGACCAGCAGAAGUUGACUUGGUUGAACAACAGUACAUGAGUUUAAACUACUAUCUGAGCACCAUGACCUGUGGUAAAAGGAGUGAUCAAAAGAUUCGUCAGGACAAGUUUUUUCAAAGGAUCGUGGACACGGCAAAAAGACAAAACAAGCGGUGCACACCCCACUCAUCAUCCCUCAAAAAAGAUGCCCUUCUAUGCGCGGAGUACUGCUACUACCUUCUUCUAGUUGGCACAUACACCAGCGAUGACAAAAUCCGACAGGCACUUAUCAAUGGCACAGGAGAAUCUCCUGCUGAUCAGUUUACUGAAAAGGUUCGUUCUUUCAGAGAAGAACUCGUGAAUAACGCAAAGUACAUUCACCACGAAGCCUUUGAGUUGGUUGUGAGAGAGUGUUGCGGCGAGGUGAAAGAAACUUUGAUAGAAAAUGUGAAAAAAUUCUCAAGAUCCCAAAAACAAAACAGAUCAACUGGUAAAGUGGACUCUACUCAAAAUUUAGAAACGGAAUUUGUUGCCUGUCUGAUGCACUUGUCUCGGGAAGAUCUAAAAACUAUCAUGGAAGAUCCCCUCAUGAAUGGUAUUCUAAAAGAGAUCAAAACGUCACUAAAGCAAAACAACUGCCACAAGAUGAUUGAAAUCUGGAGGGGUGUUGUCCGGCAGUACGAAACAGGAUUUCUUGUAGAAAGCCUAAUCCAGAGUGGCAAAGGGGAAUCCGGUAAGAUGAAAAUUGUACGAGCGAAAAGCAUGGAAACCGCCGAUCAGUUUUACCACACCCUUAAAUUGGCCCGGAAACUAUCUUCCUUGGAGAAGUCAUUUGAGAUCAUAAGAGAUUAUGGCGGAAUCCAAAUCGAGAAACAGAUGAUGAAAUCAUCAAGUCCUUUCUUCCUUAAGCUCCAGCCAAGGGAAUGCCAGUUUAAAUUUGACUGCCGUUGCAGUGAGCUUGAGCUACGCCCCGGUCGCAAGAAGUGUACCAAUUGUCAACACGUGCACAAGUCAAUCACUCAGUAUGAAGACUUAGAAAACUUGGCGUGUGUCCUCAUCCUGGUUGAUAAAGGUCGUAUGGGGGACACAUUUCCCCAUAGCUUUGAUUGCCUUGACCUUCGACUAAACUAUGACAGUAGUCGGGAAUUCAAAGAGGGCUCACCACUUUUUUUGUCGACUGUCAUUCAAGAACUUGGAAGAAUGUGCCGAUAUGCAAAGGCAUCAACCCGAGAAUCACGUGAUCACUACACUCCUUAUGUGUUGGUUGGAAGGGAGCUUUUCAAAAGGCUUGGUGAAUCAUUGAAACGUUCCCCAGCUAUGAGCACAAUUUCUUGUACCAGAGCUGAUCGGUACAUGUCAACCUCCAAACGCAAACGCGAGACAUCAUCUUCACUGCGUUGGUUGGACUAUGAAGCUCAUAAGGAUAGCUAUGAUUACGGCAACAAGCAAACACAUUGCAACAGAAUACUUCUCCAAGCUGAACCCCAGAUCGGCAAGACAGGUACCUAUCUUUGCCUCAUUAAGCAGCUUAGACAAGACAUUCUUGGAAAAGAAAAGAUGCCUCUGACCCAAACUACCGCAUUUGAUGAAGGCAGCUUUUAUCUCCAUGAACAAUGCGACUCCCCUGACGAGACAAUAGAAAGCAGCGUGGAAAGAGAUGAAGACUGGCAAUUUCCCUAUUGGAAGACGAUCGAGAACUCUCCCAGCCUUUAUGAAAAAGCGGUGGGACAGGGGAAGUAUUCAAUUGGUGGGCUCUUCUACACUCACGACAUCGAAGAUAGUCCCUUCUUCCUAAUGAAACGAGAAAAGAAGAAGCCAAUCAAGUCAAUUCUCAAUUAUCAGAGAUUGCCAUCAAGAAAUUGUGCAGAUGGUGUUCGCGCAUGGCACUGGUACCAUUUUGAGAACUGCGUUGAAUGCGGAAGACUACUUCAAGGAGAGCGGCCAGUUUUGGAGACGCUCGAAGUAACCAUAGACGGCGCUCCGGUAAAGGUCACUUGUUCAAUUCCAACCAGCAGUCUAGCAUACAAUUACCUGCGAGGUCAUCUCAGGAGUUUUAGGUCAGUGGAAGGGUCCUGGACCGAGUUCAACUGCCCUGGAGUGACCUCGCUGUCUUAUUGGAUAUUCCAUCCCUCUCACAGAGAUGAUCCGCGAAAGUGUCUUCUAAACUAUCAUCACGUGAUGCAAGAAGAAAACCAAGUAGCUCGUUAUCUGCAAGUUGCUGUGGUUCGAAGUGAAAUGUUCCAGGCCUACAAAUCUACCUGGGGGAAGGUGAUUGCAAUAUUUCAGCUGCCAGAUGAACUACCGAACUGCGAUCUUGAACCGAGUGAAGGAGGUGUGGGUUACGCGAGGUUGUUUAUUCAGAAAAUUGCAUUUGCUCUAAAGCUGGAAUACAUUUUUGUGAUUGAUGACAAUGUGGCCUUGAUGUCCGAGGCAGUGUUGAGGUCAGACGAAGGAACAACAACAGGUCAGAGCGUUGUCAGAGAUGAGAAUGGAGUGAUGAAGAUGAAAAGAUGUUCUUUCUUAAAACCUCUCACUUACCUUCAGAAGAUUGCAAGCGGAAAGGGCAAUCCACCCGAUGAAAGAAUACAAUACGAACCACAUCCUUUAAAGGAUCAUCCCGAGGGCCAACAGUUUCCCCUGUAUACGUAUACGGGCCCCUCUAAGUUGUUUGGUGACAGCCCUUUCAAGAGUUAUGGCAUUCUAGGUCUUCUCAGAAGUGUCCCCAUAUCGGUCAGGCCAUUUGCGAAGACCCAGGUUUAUGCUGCUGUUUUGUUGAAUGUCAAAAGCACAGUGGAAAAGAAAGUGUUUUAUCGACCAUGGCCGUGUUGGGAAGACUUACGCUUCAACGACGAUUGCGACAAAGCUGAUUUAUGGGUAGUGAAGUGUAAUCGCUUUCUUUUUCACAAAGUCCAAUACAACGACUGGAUCAAGGAUCUCGCACGUCCGACUAUUUUUGUAUGGAAAAAAGAUAGCUCUCUGGAGAAACGACCACUUGCUAGUGAGCUGCCAACGGUUAUCGAGGAAGAAAUCAUCAUGGACCACCUCCGCAGCUUUGUCAACACUAAAGGCCAUGAAAAUUGCUUCAAAGGACAGAUUGGAUAUGAUCGGCCGGACGAUAGUGAGGAUCAACUCUCUCCCAACAAAAUUAUUGAGAGUCUUGACCUUCAGAACUACGAAUGUAAAGAGUUCGGUUCCACUGAUGAAGUUCCAGUCCUUAUUGUAUCAUACUGUGCUUCUGUUGCAAAUCGGAGUCUCAGGAAUGCGAUGCUUUUGGAAUCAGCCUAUUGCGCAACCCAAGAGAAGAUCAUUUUCAUCACGAGUGCUAAAGAUGCAAUAGAAAGAUGGCCCGGGUUGACUCAGGCGACCAUAGCGUCGCACAAUGGAAUUUGCCUCACCUCCGAAAUGAGCGACAGAUGUGGUCGGUUUUCCAUUUUGUCUGCCGCUGACCCUAGAAGACAUCAUUUACGGUGGAUUGUGAUCGAGGCAUCCUUCUCGAAAGAAGAUGGCAUGAUGCUGGAAGAAUUAAAUGUAGCUGUUGAAAGAAACGUCUCUGAAAAUGCCACCAAAGCCGACGAAUGUAUCCUUGUUGAUCAUGAGCAACACUUCAGUGGAGAAAGUACAAAAGCAUCUGAAGAGGGAUCUGUCAGCGCAAAGAGUAAAGGAACUGUGGACGUAGGAACGUCCAGCCAACCACUGUUAAGAAGAGAUUCAGGGACCAAAGAAUCCCUCAGUGCAAACCGUUCUCCUUAUGAAAUCUCAUGCCUCAAAAGGACUUUUCAAGAAACUCUAGAGCCAUAUCGUCAGGAAUGCUCGAGUGUCAAGAAAUCCCUUGAAAAAAUCACCCGUCAAAAAUCAUUUCUUCUCCCCUCACACACGUUUCGUCAUGAUUCACCUAAUGCAAAGCAAAAAAUUGUUGAAGAGUCUCCAAGCAAGCGACGAAAAAUUGUUGAUUACUUUGGCCAGAAAAUUAACCAGACGGGCGACGAACAGAGUGUCAAAAAAACGUUUGAAAAGGGAGGGACAGCCGGAGAGUCAUCCAAUGGCAGGAAAUUGGAAAGAAAGAGAUUAAGUGUCAACGACAGAGGAGAGAGUAACAGCAACUGGAAUGAACACAGUGAAGCCAUUUCGGAAACAGAACAAUCAAAAGUAAAAAAGAAAAAGGAACUCAAGACUGAAAGUAACCAGAAAAGUAGGAACCCUGUUCAUUCUGGCCACGAAAGCAUGCUGAGCAGCGAAGAAGACAAGCACAUGGCGUUCACAUCUUCUCUACAUGAUAUACUUGACGUUAACGGCGGAGAGACGUCGAGUGGCAAGAAAGUGAAAAAGAAGAAAAGUGCGAGCGAAAACAGUGGAGAGCGUAACAGAAAAGGAAGUAAAAAUGAUGAAGCCACUUCGGGAAACGAACAGUCACAAGUGAGAAAGAAAAAGAAAAGGGAAUUAAAAAGUGAGAGUAGCCAGAAAAGUAGGAGCCCCAAUCAUGCUAGUCAAGGGAUAAUGUCAAAGAACAAAGAGGACAAGCAGAGGGCAUCUAUAUCUUCGCUACAUGAAGAAACUGAUGAAGAUGUAGAAACCGCGUCUAAUGCUAGCAGCCAAACAAGCACGUAUUCCAUACAAGGGGAGGACACAGAAUGGCCCAGUGUACCAGAUACGUACAGUGCUGAUGAUGUUGCAACUAACAGCGAUUUUGAUAUAAGUUCCCUACGUAGAACUUUCACUUCAAGAAAUCAAAACGCUGAAAAAAUGUCAUUGUACAUGGCGGGAACUAACGACGUCACAGCAGUUAUUGUUAACCUUUGGAAUCAACGCAAACAGAUGAAAAAAGGAGAAGAUCUUUCAAAGGAAGACGUUGGAAAAAGUCUCGAUUGCUUUGUAUCUGGGGAGUUGGAGACAAAAGACCAACAUGGCUACAAUGCACUUUUAAAGGCGUGUUCCUUGCCCUCUAUGAGUCCUCAUGUAAUGCAGCACCUGAUAGUCGUUCGAAAAGUGGACUUAAACUGUAAGCUUCCAGAUGACUUUGACAAGGACCACCGCUCAACCAAAGGGUUAAUUCCAGGAAUGUCUGCUCUUUCAGUGGCAAUAAGGAAACAAAAUAUAAGCUGCAUUUCAACCUUCAAAAGACGAGGAAAAUAUAUCAGUGUACAAGACGCUGACCAGGAGGGGAACACUGCUUUGCAUCACUGUGUUGCAUCGGCAUCGAAAGGAGCAUUCCAGAAGCUGUUCCCACUUUAUAAAAAAUUAAACUGGAAAAAAAUGUUUAACAAGGAACUGGAAAGUCCUCUGGACAUUGCACAGAACUUGGCAAUGGACAGCGCUGCAAAAAAGAAACAAGCACGAGGCUACAUCCUUGAGGAAAUGGAGAGAAGUAGCCCUUCAGAUGUAUUCAGGUAA